GGUGACCAAGAUACAGGACAACUAGCGAAGAAGAAAUGGAAAUUAUCUUGUUCCUAACCGCUACACCAAACAAUGCACACAGCUAACUGCUUAACCAUCAUGUUCGGCAUUGGUUGAACAGUUUUUACGCCUUGUGUGUUCAAAGAAAGUAGCACUCGUGUCCCCUGAAAGGGGACACCGCAGCUAUGGCAACUGCACAGUCUGUGGCAACGUUUGCAUUGUGCGUCCUCGUGAUAACAGAGCUCAUCCUGGCCAGAAAGGACUACUAUGAUAUCCUGGGAGUGCCCAAAGGGGCCACUGAGCGCCAGAUAAAGAAGGCUUUCCACAAGCUUGCAAUGAAAUAUCACCCAGAUAAGAACAAGAGCCCAGAUGCUGAAGUGAGAUUCAGGGAAAUUGCAGAAGCUUAUGAAACUUUAUCAGAUGAGAACAGAAGAAGAGAGUAUGACAGGUUUGGUGACACCUCUGCAUACUUCACUGGGGAGACACAAGGCAGACAAAGACAGGGUACCCAUCAACCUUUCAGUUUCAACUUUGACGAGAUAUUUAAGGACUUUGACAUCUACAGCCAGAACAGGCACGCCCGUCACCGAAGACACUUUGAUGAACACUCCCGGUCCCAGAAGGAGUCCCACAGCAGACAUAAGAGACACUUUCAAGGUGGUUUUGGAGCAGGUAUCUUUGAUGACAUGUUUGAUGACAUGGAGAGAAUGUUUACUUUUGACAGACAUGCCAAACAGACUGAAAACAGGUUUCAUGGUGCAUCUAAGCAACACUGUAGAACAGUAACACAGCGCAGAGGAAAUAUGGUAACCACAUACACUGACUGCACUGCAUCUUAAAUGCAACAUAAAAUGAUUUUUAACUUAAAUUGCCUUAGGAGGAUACAAUAUUGUUGUACCAAGUAGGUAGCAGAAAGCCAAUUAGUUCAAUGCUGUGAAACUUGAACAGCGACAUUGAGAGCUGACGUUCAGUCACAGCGUGACAAGCACUGAGUUCAUAGUUUACCUAUCUUCCUACCUUUAGUUUUAAAUUCAAAUAAGCUUUCUAUUUUCAGGAUAUUCACUGUGUUUGCUCAUGGACUUGUAAAUGAUUGUACUAGUUUUGCUAAUAGUUGAAGUAAGCUGUUAGGGAGCAUUUUGUCAGUAUUUCUGUCAAGCACCUGAAAUUUUGAUUGUGAAAAAUAAAAAUGUCUUGCUCAAUAUGGCACAGCAAUACAUGUGUCAGGUCACCACUAGUUCUGCUACCACUUUUUUUGUAUAGUUUUUAGUUUCUUUGUAUAGGCUCUGCUAUUGUGAGCCUGAAAUCACCCCUAUAGGCAGAAACAAUAGCAGCCUGUGGAGUUUUGCUUAUGGUUGUGAAAUGAACAGCAGUGUCAACAAAAACCUGUGACCCUCCACAUGUUGUUUUUGGUUUACUACAUUUCUUGAAAUAUUCUUAUACUCUACAAUUUCAGUCACUUUUAAAAAAUAAAAUGUUAUAUGUUGUAGCAUUUGUGGUGACAUCACAUUCAUUGUAACUGUAUAGUCAUUGUAAAUAUUUGUAUAGUAGAAAAGUGGUAACAGAGAAAUGUUUGUGACUCAGUGGAAGUGGCUUCGAUCUACUGGGACUUGGUUUAACCCUGAUGCAACAGCCCUGCAGUUAAUGUAAUUAAUUGUGAAGCUCAGAAUGUUCUGUUUUCUUGAACUGAUUUAGAAAUGUUUUUUCAACUCUAUUGUGGUUUUUGACUCCAAAUUUUGUUGUAUUGUUAAGGUUUUAGGUAGCUUUUACAAUACUGGACUGUGUUUCUGAUUUAGGGCCAUAUUUUCAUGAGGUAUUUCCAUUAUUUUGUGUACCUUGUAGUUGCAGAGGACAUUAGCUUGAGAUGGCCUUUAAUACAGAAAAAGGCAACACUUUUUCUUAUGUUUUCUAGAUGGGGGGGUAUUAAAGCUGGAUUUACAAUCACAUGGCCCAAAAUCUAACCAAAAAUUCUCAGAGGCAUUAGCUUUUGAUGUCAAACAAACUACAUAUACUACAUAUUACUGCUAUGUGUAAAGUAACUCGCAGAGAGUCAGACUUUAAGCUUACUGUAGUACAUGUUAGAGUUUCAAGGAUUCAUAUCACAAGUGGCAAGACUUUGUAUUGAAAAAAAAGGUCACUCUAAAACGCUGGCAUGUAUUUUAUACACUGCAGUACUUCAGUGUUAAAGAAAUGCUGCACGUAUAUAUAAACGCAUCAGUUCUCAUAUUUUAUUAAUCUGGUUGAGUAGUUGAUGGAACCUUGAAGACACUUUUCCUAACAUGUCUGUUACCUCAUUCCGCUAAACUUGUUCCAUUUGACACUGUGCAGUGCAAUAUUUAUUUCAUACAUUGAUGUUGUUGUAAAAUAACCAAAAGCACUUUCAAUUUUGUAAAUAAAUUGUAGAAACAACA